CGGAAGUGGGCGAGGGGACCUGUCAGCUCGCACCCGGCUGUGUGCUCUUGAGGCCCCGUGGGGAUCGAGGGUCUCCCCGGGGACCGGCGCGAGGCGGAGUCACGGAGAAGCUCUCUGCCACUCACACGGCGGCGUCGGCCCUGCCCCGGCUGCCGCCGCCCCUCCCUUUGCCCUUCAGGGCGCCCGGCGCUCCUCGUCUGCAGCUUCCUUCUGCGCCGGGGCAGCCUGCCUUUCCCCUCUAGCUUUCCUUCCAGUCUCCUCCCCCGACUCUUGACACCGGAGUCGCGGGUCCUGCAGCGUCCCUGAAGCCGCACGUAUAACUUGCUCGGUGGGCAACUCAUUCGAUUUCGGAGUUCUGUUAAUUCUUCUGAAAGAUUUCAAAUCCUCUAGAAGCCAAAAUGGGACACAGUAAACAGAUUAGGAUUUUACUACUGAACGAAAUGGAAAAGCUGGAAAGGACCCUCUUCAGACUUGAACAAGGGUUUGAACUGCAGUUCCGAUUGGGCCCAACUUUACAGGGAAAAGCAGUUACUGUGUAUACAAAUUACCCACUUUCUGGAGAAGCAUUUAAUCGAGAAAAAUUCCAUUCCCUGAAAUGGGAAAAUCCAACAGAAAGAGAAGAUGAUUCUGAUAAGUACUGUAAACUUAAUCUUCAACAAGCUGGAUCAUUUCAGUAUUACUUCCUUCAAGGAAAUGAGAAAAGUGGUGGAGGUUACAUAGUUGUGGACCCUAUUUUACGUGUUGGUGCUGAUAAUCACGUGUUACCCUUGGACUGUGUUACUCUCCAGACAUUUUUAGCCAAGUGCAUGGGACCUUUUGAUGAAUGGGAAAGCAGACUUAUGGUUGCAAAAGAAUCAGGCUACAACAUGAUUCAUUUUACCCCACUGCAGACUCUUGGACUAUCCAGGUCAUGCUAUUCCCUUGCUGAUCAGUUAGAAUUAAAUCCUGACUUUUCAAGACCUAAUAAAAAGUACACCUGGACUGAUGUUGGACAGCUGGUGCAAAAAUUGAAAAAGGAAUGGAAUAUUCUUUGUAUAACUGAUGUUGUCUACAAUCAUACUGCUGCUAAUAGUAGAUGGCUCCAGGAACAUCCAGAAAGUGCAUAUAACCUUGUGAAUUCCCCACACUUAAAACCUGCCUGGGUCUUAGACAGAGCACUUUGGCAUUUAUCCUGUGACGUUGCAGAAGGGAAAUACAAAGACAGAGGAGUACCUGCUUUGAUUGAAAAUGAUCAUCAAAUGAAUUGCAUUCGAAAAAUAAUUUGGGAGGAUAUUUAUCCAAAGAUUCAACUCUGGGAAUUUUUCCAAGUAGAUGUUCACAAAGCAGUCGAGCAAUUUAGAGGACUUCUUACACAAGAAAAUAGGAAAACAACAAGGCCUGAUCCAAAUCACCACCUUAAGAUAAUUCAGGAUCCUGAAUACAGACGGCUUGGCUGUACUGUAGAUAUGAAUGUUGCUCUAGCAACUUUCAUACCACAUGACAAUGGGCCAGCCGCAAUUAACGAAUGCUGCAAUUGGUUCAGGAAGAGAAUUGAGGAAUUAAAUUCAGAGAAACAUCAACUCAUGAACUAUCAUCACGAACAGGCAGUCAAUUGCCUUUUGGGAAAUGUGUUUUAUGAACGACUGGCUGGCCAUGGUCCUAAACUAGGACCUGUUACUCGAAAACAUCCUUUGGUUACCAGAUAUUUUACUUUCCCUUUUGAAGACAUAUCCUUCUCUGCAGAAGAGUCAAUGAUUCAUGUCCCAAAUAAAGCUUGUUUUCUGAUGGCACAUAAUGGAUGGGUAAUGGGAGAUGAUCCCCUUCGAAAUUUUGCUGAGCCAGGUUCAGAUGUUUAUCUAAGGAGAGAACUUAUUUGCUGGGGAGACAGUGUUAAAUUACGCUAUGGGAAAAAACCAGAGGACUGUCCUUAUCUCUGGGCACACAUGAAAAAAUACACAGAAAUCACUGCGACUUAUUUCCAGGGCGUCCGUCUUGAUAACUGCCACUCAACCCCUCUUCAUGUAGCAGAGUACAUGUUGGAUGCUGCUAGGAAAUUGCAACCCAAUUUAUAUGUAGUAGCUGAACUGUUCACAGGAAGUGAAGACCUGGACAAUGUCUUUGUUACUAGACUGGGCAUUAGUUCCUUAAUAAGAGAGGCAAUGAGUGCGUACGAUAGCCAUGAAGAGGGCAGAUUAGUUUACCGAUACGGAGGAGAACCUGUUGGAUCCUUUGUUCAGCCCUGUUUGAGGCCUUUAAUGCCAGCUAUUGCACAUGCCCUGUUUAUGGAUAUCACCCAUGAUAACGAGUGUCCUAUUGUGCAUAGGUCAGCAUAUGAUGCUCUCCCAAGUACCACAAUUGUUUCCAUGGCAUGUUGUGCUAGUGGUAGUACUAAAGGCUAUGACGAAUUAGUGCCUCACCAGAUUUCAGUAGUUUCUGAAGAGCGGUUUUACACCAAAUGGAAUCCUGCAGCAUCACCAUCCAACGCAGGUGAAGUUAACUCCCAAAGUGGCAUUAUUGCGGCCAGGUGUGCUAUCAAUAGACUUCACCAAGAGCUCGGAGCCAAGGGUUUUAUUCAGGUAUAUGUGGAUCAAGUUGAUGCAGACAUAGUGGCUGUAACAAGACAUUCGCCCAGUAUCCAUCAGUCAGUCGUAUCUGUUUCCAGAACUGCUUUCAGGAAUCCCAAGACUUCAUUUUACAGCAAGGAAGUGCCUCAAAUGUGCAUCCCUGGCAAAAUUGAAGAAGUAGUUCUUGAAGCUAGAACUGUUGAGAGAAAUACAGCACCUUAUAGGAAGGAUGCUAAUUCAAUCAAUGGAAUACCAGACAUCACAGUAGAAAUUAGAGAACAUAUUCAGCUCAAUGAAAGUAAAAUUGUUAAACAAGCUGGAGUUACUACAAAAGGACCCAAUGAAUAUAUUCAAGAAAUAGAAUUUGAAAAUUUGUCUCCAGGAAGUGUUAUUAUAUUCAGAGUUAGUCUUGAUCCACAUGCGCAAGUUGCUGUUGGAAUUCUUCGAAAUCAUCUAACACAGUUCAGUCCUCACUUUAAAUCUGGGAGUCUUGCUGUUGACAACGCAGAUCCUAUAUUAAAAAUUCCUUUUGCUUCUAUUGCCUCUAGAUUAACUUUGGCUGAGCUAAAUCAGGUACUUUACCGAUGUGAAUCAGAAGAACAAGAAGAUGGUGGAGGAUGUUAUAACAUACCAAACUGGUUACCUCUUAAAUAUGCAGGUCUUCAAGGAUUAAUGUCCGUAUUGGCAGAAAUAAGACCAAAGAAUGACUUGGGGCAUCCCUUCUGUGAUAAUUUGAGAUCUGGAGACUGGAUGAUUGACUAUGUCAGUAACCGACUUAUUUCACGGUCAGGAACUAUUGCUGAAGUUGGUAAAUGGUUGCAGGCCAUGUUCUUCUACCUGAAGCAGAUCCCACGUUAUCUUAUCCCGUGUUACUUUGAUGCUAUAUUAAUCGGUGCAUACACCACUCUUCUGGAUGUAGCUUGGAAGCAAAUGUCAAGCUUUGUUCAGAAUGGUUCUACCUUUGUGAAACACCUUUCCUUGGGUUCAGUCCAAAUGUGUGGAGUAGGAAGAUUCUCUUCUCUGCCACUUCUUUCACCUUCCCUUACGGAUGUGCCGUGCAGGCUGAAUGAGAUCACAAGAGAGAAGGAGCAGUGUUGCGUGUCUCUUGCUGCAGGCUUACCUCACUUCUCUGCUGGUAUUUUCCGCUGCUGGGGAAGGGAUACUUUUAUUGCCCUUAGAGGUCUACUGCUGAUUACUGGACGCUAUUUGGAGGCCAGGAAUAUCAUUUUAGCAUUUGCUAGUACCCUGAGACACGGCCUCAUUCCUAAUCUCCUGGGUGAAGGGACUCACGCCAGAUACAACUGCCGGGAUGCUGUGUGGUGGUGGCUGCAGUGUGUUCAGGAUUACUGCAAAAUGGUUCCAAAUGGUCUGGACAUUCUCAACUGCCCCGUUUCCAGAAUGUAUCCUACAGAUGACUCUGUUCCUUUGUCUGCCGGCACAGUGGAUCAACCAUUGUUUGAAGUAAUACAGGAAGCUAUGCAAAGACACAUGCAGGGCAUACAGUUCCGAGAAAGGAAUGCUGGUCCACAGAUAGAUCGGAACAUGAAGGAUGAAGGUUUUAAUAUUACUGCAGGGGUUGAUGAAGAAACAGGAUUUGUUUAUGGAGGAAAUCGCUUCAAUUGUGGUACAUGGAUGGAUAAAAUGGGAGAAAGUGACAGAGCUAGAAACAAAGGAAUCCCAGCCACUCCAAGAGAUGGAUCUGCUGUGGAAAUUGUGGGCCUGAGUAAAUCUGCUGUUCGUUGGUUGCUGGAAUUAUCCCAAAAAAAUAUUUUUCCUUAUCAUUAUGUUACAGUGAAAAGACAUGGAAAGCUUGUGAGAGUCUCAUAUGAUGAAUGGAACAGAAAAAUACAAGAGAACUUUGAAAAGUUAUUUUAUGUGUCAGAAGACCCUGCAGAUGUCAGUGAAAAGCACCCUAAUCUGGUACACAAGCGGGGCAUAUACAAAGACAGUUACGGAGCAUCAAGCCCGUGGUGUGACUACCAGCUCAGGCCUAACUUUACCAUAGCAAUGGUUGUGGCCCCUGAGCUCUUUACUACCCAAAAAGCAUGGAAGGCUUUGGAGAUUGCAGAAAAAAAAUUGCUUGGUCCUCUUGGCAUGAAAACUUUGGAUCCAGAUGAUAUGGUUUACUGUGGAACUUAUGACAAUGCCUUAGACAAUGACAACUAUAAUCUUGCUAAAGGUUUCAAUUAUCACCAAGGACCUGAGUGGCUAUGGCCUGUUGGGUAUUUUCUUCGUGCAAAAUUGUACUUUUCCAGAUUGAUGGGUCCGGAGACUACUGCAAAAACUAUAUUUUUGGUUAAAAACGUCCUUUCUCGACAUUAUGUUCAUCUUGAGAGAUCCCCUUGGAAAGGACUUCCAGAGCUGACCAACGAGAAUGGCCAAUACUGUCCUUUCAGCUGUGAAACACAAGCCUGGUCAAUUGCUGCUGUUCUUGAAACACUCUAUGACUUAUAGUUGACUUAUGCAUAUUUCUUAGGUAUGCAAUCAGUUCUGUUGUUGAAUGCAGUCAUAAUGUAAUGUAAAUGCUUUAUAUGCACAUGCUAAAGUCAUUUUUUAAAUCUCAUUCAUAUAAUAUUGAUGCCCUAAUAGGUAAGACUAUAAAGCAUUGGUUUUGCUAAUGUAGUUUUUGAUUUGAGUAAGAAAAAAAUUAUCACUACCAAUGGAAUGUUUGUCUUUUGAAUUCAAUAAGUAUUCUUCAAAUGUCUAGAAAUAAAUAAUUUGAAAGCCAGAGUUUGAAAAAGAAAAAUCAUGUAAUAUUCUUUUUGUACAUAAGUGAAAUGAAAUAUGAGAAUGUAAUAAUGAAAGAAAUGGAAAAGUAUCUUCAAAUGGUGGUAUAUAUUUUCUUUAGUAACAGUAUAUACUGAAUAAACUGUGGCUAAUUAACCUCCUCAACCUUUUACUAGUAGUAUUUCUAGCACCUUCCAAAUUGCAUUCAGAAGAUACUAAAUGAAUAUGGAAUGAUGGAAAUGUCCACCUACAAUAUAUGUUUGUAAGUGAAGCACAGAUGUUUAUAAUGUGCUUUUAUUUUUUCCACUCAUAGUGUAAUAUGUUUUUAAUACAAUGAAUUUCAACAGUAUAUUUAACAUAUAUUUAAUUGUGCUAAUGAUGCAUAGGCUAUAUGAAAAAAUCACAAAGUAUUAGAAAUUUAUUUUCUAAGAAAAAUUUUAUAAAAUUAGUCUUGUGUUCCAUUUUCCUACUUUGAGAGGGUUUACAUUUUCGUAAUGCAAACCUUCAGACAUAUUUAUGAGAAUUUUAAAGAAAAAGGUACUAUAUUAAUUUUCUAAAAAUAACUAGUUUUAGUUUGUGUAUAAAAGUGUAUUAUAUUGGUUUCCUAUUAACUGAAAACUGUUGACAAGUUUACCAUGGAGAACAAGCUUAAAAUAGAGAUAUGAAUUCAGCAGUUAUCUUGAAUCCAAUAAAAUCACUUGAAUAGUUUUUCAUGUUAUUUUAAGAUAGCUUAAAUUUGGAAAAGUCAUAAAAGAAAAAACACUUAACAUUUGUAUGAUUUGACAUUUUUAAUAGUACUUAUUUUCUAGAUGAUUUUUUUAAAAACUAUCUCUUUUUGUCUCAAGAAGGCACAAUUAGAUCAUUAUACUUUCAGCUGAAAGAAUAUAGUUGCAAAAAUCCAUUUCAUUAUUCAGUUGUAACAUUUAUAGUUAAAAUAGUGGUACGAUAACACUUUUCUCACCUAGAAGUCAUAUGCCCAACUCCCUUAACUAUGAAGAAAGAGUGAAAAUAGGGGAAAACAAGUAAGCUAAAACUUCUGGGUAGUAAAAAUAUAAAAAUGUUUCAGAUGCCAAAUACCCAUGCUCAACCCUACUUCAGUGUUACCUAUUGGUUUUCUGGUUUCCCAACCUAAAGCAGAUUGACUUUUACAUAAGGAUGCGUUGAUUUCCAAGUUUUCCUUCCUUCUUCACUGUUCAGUGUCUGACCUUCUCUAACCUGUGCAGUUAGAAAAAUGACCUUCCUUGAGAGGGAGAACCGUUAGUUAUCAAAGAUUCACAUAGUUCUGUUAUAAUUAAACUUCUAUAUUAAAAGUGAUAAGAAAAGUAAUUAAGACCAACAUUAAAUCUGCUUAAAAAAAAAGCAAGAAGCAAUGGCUGGCUGAUGGUUAAAUAUGAUAAGUAAAUAAGUAAAUGAGUAAAUUAAUCCUAAUAAAUAAAUAAUAACAAGCUGACAAUUUUAAAAACAGCCAUGUUGGGUUAUCUAUGGUAGGGCAGAUAUCCACCUCACCAGUACAUUUUUAGGAUAUCGUAUUACACUAGAAAAUUAAGCAAUUCACAUUUUUAUUAGGAAUAUUAAUGAAAGAACAUUAUUAUAAUCUGCAUGGCCUAUUUUAAAGCUUAAGAAGCAUGUUACACAUUAUUUUAUCAAAGAUUGUUAAUAUUAAUAGCUUUAGAUUUUAGAGGGAUAAAUGUUGUUUGACUAAAAAACGUUUAAAUAGAAUACUUCAUUCCUCUGUGGUGUUGAAUGAGGUACCAUUAUAUCACAUAUUGAGAAUGGUUCUGUGCCCUGAUUCUUAAUCAAUUCAGAUCAGUCUUACUCUUUUACUUGAGAAGUUUGCCAGUUUAACCAGUAUGCUGUGAUAAUUUAAUACGUUUCACAGAUAACUGAGGAAACAUGAGACCUGUCAUCCUGUCUAUGAACGUUAUGUAAUGCAUUUCUGAUAUGUCUUCACCUGCUCUGUCUAGUAGGCAACUGUCAUUUUUAUGUCUGUGCCAAGAAAAUAAAAAUCUUUUCUAAAGGA